GUCAAUCACCUGGACAGCUUUUGUGGCAGUUUGUGAAAAAAAACGUAAACGUAAAUUAUAGAAAAAUCUAAAAUAUAACAGACAGAACAAAAUAAGCCUACAUGCACGUUAUACAAAACUUUCUAGGACUGCAAACGUUCUGUUUUUCACCGUGCUUCACCCACCGUUCAGGACACAGGACGACGUAUAUAAGAGUCCAUGAAGCGUGUAGACCCACAUGGAAUUCUAGUGCGCACUGUACAGCUCCAGACUUUAAGGCGCAGAAGAUAUUAAGUUCCGGCUCCUAACAGCUACAGUAGUGGCACAUUGAUGGUAACCACAAAUUAAUCAGGUAAGGCUGCAGAUAGGGGAAGUAGUAUGCCUUCACAAUUUAAUCAGUAUAAUAAUGUACAUAUCUCACAAGAAUCAACAUGUGAUAUAAGUACAAGGAAGACCAGACAGGGUGAGAAUCGAUAAGAGAAGUUGGGGGAGUGGCUAAAGAAGAACAACAUACUGUAUAAGAUGUGUGGAAAGGAUUCAAUCUCUGGUCAUGGACAGAGUGUAAACAGUGGGAGAACUGAAGGAGACAAGCUUAUGACCAUUUUUCAUCUUUCUUCAUUCUAGGCUUUCUGUGAGCUGCAUAACAAGUGAAUUUCUGUACUGACGGAUUGAUAAAGUCUACAAAUAUCUGCACUAUAAUCUUCAGUGUUGUUUGUAAUGUUUUACAGAUUGCGAAUUGUGGUCCAUGAUGGUAUAGAUGGCUUAAGUCAUCUUAUUGUGUACCUGUCUGUAGCCACUAAUAACCCUGCACCAACAGUACUGAACUGCUUCUUAGGGGCUGUUCAUACUUUUGGACUACCAUCUUGUGUGUGGUCUAACAAAGGAGGGGAGAAUAUUGAAGUGGCACACUAUAUAGUGACGCACAGAGGAAACAACCGCAAUUCUCACAUCACUGGAAGAAGUAUGCAUAAUAAGAGGUAAUCAAAUGUUUAAAAUUUCACGAUUCCUCCUCCAGAUUUUGACAUUUUAUAUUACUAUCUAAUAACGUAAUGCUUUGCAUUCCUACACAGGAAGCCAGACGAGCUUGUCAUUAUUAACCAUAGUUUCUUUGAACUGCUUAACACGAGCUGUUGUUUCAGCCACAGUACACGCUAAUGGUCUCUCAAAACUAGCAACAUGCUCCACUACACUAACCUGCUCUUCCUCGCUCCUGUUUCCACACACACCCGACAGUGCCUCCUUUCACAUUUUUUCAGGCAAUAACAUGGAACCACACAACUUGAUGUUAAAUAUCAAAACAUCUUUACCAUUACAAUAUUAAAAUGAAAAAUCUGUAGAAGCUUAGCCUGCACCAGAACUAUAUGUUUGCUUUUUGUUUGGGAGUAUUGGAUGGAAGAAAUCCAUCUGUAUGCACUUCAUUGGAGCUUUUUACCACACAUUCAGAGGCACCUCAAUUUCUUUAAGAAAGGGUCGCGAACAGCAGGAGGUGCCGAGGGUGAGGCCACCAGACUGGGUGACGAGUCUGGGAUGGACAUGACGCUGGAGCCAGGACCAGAGACGAGGACCGGCGUGGAGACGGAACCAUACGAAGGGUGGCCGGGAUGGAUGCAGCUGACGCUGGACCACCAGGAGCCGAGAUGAACGUGGACGGAACCAGGCCACCAGGAACCGAUGCAGGCAUGGCCAGGCCACCAGGAACCGAUGCAGGCGUGGCCAGGCCACCAGGAACCAAUGCAGGCAUGGCCGGGCCACCAGGAACCGAUGCAGACGUGGCUGAGCCACCAGGAACCAAUGCAGGCGUGGCCGGACCGGGAGCUGCAUCUGCGGACGUGGUCGGACCACCGGGAGCUGCAUCUGCGGACGUGGUCGGACCACCGGGACGGGGACAGCCGUGCUCCCCUGAGCACCCCCAAGCACUCCGGGACCAAAACCUGCGCAGAGAAGGACAGAGGACACGGAGCCCCAGGCCGGCGGGAGCCAGCUUGGACCCCUAGGACCCACUGCCGGGACUAGGGCGACCUCCACCUGG